ACAUAUAAUUGACACUCCCCUACUCCUUCAAACAUUACCUCCAUAGCCACCGGAGACUUCUUCCUAUUCUACAACUUUUACCAUGGUUAGUUAAACCGAAUUAACCAUCCUUUACGUUAAACCGCCGCAGCCAAGCCAAGCUGAGCCGAGCCAUCACAGUUUCAAUCAAACUCCAAACCAAACCCAUUCCAAUCACUUAUCUUAAGCCGCGCCACAAACCAAGCUUCUAAUUGAAAGAAAAAAAAAACAUCACGCGUCUAUCUCUCUCUUAUAUCUCUCCCUCUCUCUCCGAGAAAUUUCAGUGUCUGAAAAACAUGACCGGAAACCGAAAUCUCCGGCGACAGAUUUUCCUCUUCUAAACGACCCCGUUUCAAUCCGAUCUGAAAACCAAAAUUCUCAUUAUCAUCAUCAUGGAAGGUGAGAAAGUAAACGCUAUAAUUGACCUAGUCAACGAGAUUUCCAACAUCUCUGACUUCAGGCCUAUGGUGAAGAAACAGUAUUGCAAUUUAGCACGAAGGUUGAAGCUUUUGAUUCCUUUGUUCGAGGAGAUUCGGGAUAUGCAUGAUUCAAUCCCUGAUUACACUUCAAAAGCUGUGAUUUUGUUUAAAGAAGCUCUUGAAUCAGCUAGGGAACUUCUCAGAUUCGGAAGUGAAGGAAGCAAGAUUUACAUGGUCCUCGAGAGAGACCAGAUUAUGAAAAAAUUCUAUGACGUGACAGCUCGGUUGGAACAAUCACUGGAUGAAAUUUCCUAUGAUAAACUUGACAUAUCAGAUGAAGUAAAAGAGCAGGUUGAACUAGUUCUUGCUCAGUUUCGAAGAGCAAAAGGGAGAGUUGAUGAUCCAGAUAUCAAGUUGUAUGAAGAUGUGUCAUCCCUUUACAACAAUAGCAGUGACGUAACUACAGAUCCAGCUGUUCUAAGUCAAUUAGCAGACAAGUUGCAAUUGAUGGGAAUAGCCGAUCUUACACAAGAAUCACUCGCUUUGCAUGAGAUGGUGGCAGUAAGUAGUGGGGAUCCAGGGGCACGCAUUGAGAAAAUGUCAAUGUUAUUGAAGAAGAUAAAGGAUCAUGUGCAAAUAGAAAACCUAGUCAAGGAUGAUACUAAAAUAGCAAAGGGAGUUUCUUCCGGAUUUCAAGGACUAGGGAAAAAUGAUAUGAAUCAUCAGGCCUCUGUUAUCCCAAGUGAUUUUAAAUGUCCGAUUUCCUUGGAAUUGAUGAUUGAUCCUGUCAUUGUUUCAACAGGACAGACUUAUGAGCGUUCCUGUAUUGAGAAGUGGUUGCAAGACGGGCACAUGACAUGCCCAAAAACGCAGCAGUCUCUCACCAGUACUGUUCUCACACCCAACUAUGUCUUACGAAGCCUGAUAGAACAAUGGUGUGAAGCCAAUGGCAUAGAGCCACCAAAACGACCCAGCACUUCUGAGCCAAGUAAAUCAGCAUCAGCUUGCUCCCCAGCGGAGCGAAGUAAGAUUGAAAAUCUAAUUCAAAAGCUCAUAUCUGGCAGUCCUGAAGACCAGAGAUCAGCGGCUGGCGAGAUUCGCCUUCUUGCAAAACGCAAUGCAGAUAAUCGUGUAGCUAUUGCUGAAGCUGGUGCAAUACCUCUCCUCGUUGGUCUCCUCUCCGUGCCCGACUCCCGAACUCAAGAGAAUGCUGUGACAGCGCUUCUGAAUCUCUCCAUAUAUGAGAGUAACAAAGGAAGCAUUGUCUCUUCAGGAGCAGUUCCAGGCAUAGUUCAUGUGCUGAAGAGGGGAAGCAUGGAAGCUCGGGAAAACGCGGCUGCAACACUUUUCAGCCUUUCAGUUAUAGAUGAAAAUAAGGUCACAAUUGGUUCUUCAGGAGCCAUAACACCACUGGUGACACUGCUGAGUGAGGGUACCCAAAGGGGUAAGAAAGAUGCUGCAACAGCACUCUUCAAUCUGUGCAUUUACCAAGGAAACAAGGGAAAGGCGGUGAGGGCUGGUGUUAUUCCCACGCUGAUGAGACUUCUGACAGAACCUAGCGGAGGAAUGGUGGAUGAAGCAUUGGCCAUUUUGGCAAUUUUGUCUAGUCAUCCUGAAGGGAAGUCUGCCAUUGGUGCUGCAGAGGCAGUGCCGGUGUUGGUAGAGUUUAUUGGGAGUGGAUCCCCAAGGAACAAAGAGAACGCAGCUGCGGUAUUAGUUCACCUUUGUUCUGGCGAUCGACAAUACAUAGCGCAGGCAGAGGAGCUGGGGGUGAUGGCUCCGUUGUUAGAAUUGGCUCAAAACGGUACUGACAGAGGCAAAAGAAAGGCAACACAAUUGAUAGAGCGUAUGAGCAGGAUCCGUGAGCAAGAACAGCACGAAGUUCAGAUACAAGCUGAACUUCUACCUCAGAAUGACGAUAUCCAACCACCACCUUUGAUCAUUAACCUCGAUAUUGACACCUGAAAUGUUUUGUUUAUAUGUUAAAUGUUUAUUUUGCUUAUUAUAAAAUGUUUUGUAAAAGAGGCAUCGGUUCGGUGGAAAAGGUGGAAGAUCACCUUCCUGCUCCGUUAAGUUAUUCGUUUGUUUGUUCGUUCGUGUGAUAUACAGAGAGACAAAAGGCCAUUGAAAGGGGGGAGACGAGAACGGAGAAGAUGAGAUUGGCGUGCCUGACAAGAAAAUGUAUAAUUGUAAAAUGAAAUGUACCUGUUCUAAUCAUCCUCAAUAUAUUUUAAUGGAGAGAGAUGUUUCGUGUAUUUGCAUCAUAAAUUUGUUUGUGUAUUUUCACCUAUUGAAAACAUUGAUUUAUAACUUGAUUGUGUGAA